GCAGAACUGCGCGGAAAACCUGUUUAUUUUUGGAGAACAGGAAUAGUACUAAGAGAUUCGCGAACAGCUACCAGGACCGAGUUCGGAUUGUGGGCUUGCCUCCCCGGUUGGUAUAUAAAGCAUUCGUUCGGCAGUGAAAGUUUUCUCAGUGUCGAACCAAUAUCGGAACGGUACGUACGGUAGCGCGCGUGUGACUUCUAGAACUUCUUCGUUGAGCUGUGCCUUGAAGAGGCCCAUCCAUUCCCGACGACAUUCCCCCAGAGAGUGCGUGUAGUGUGUUGACGGCGACAGUGAGAGUAUCAGACCCCAAAACAACAAGCCCAAUCGAUUACGGCCUGGUGAGAGGAGGUGGUCGAUCACGAAGAAGUACGUGUGCGGAAAAACUGGUACUACUAGCUUGUUGGGCAAGUCCGAGCCGAGUGCACGAGAGAAGGCUGCAGCGGCUACGAAAACUCCGCAAAGUAAUAAAGUGUCGAACCGUGGCAAACAGCUCAGUCGUUUGUGUUCCGCGUUCGGGAGAGGUUCUUCUUCGUAUCGCCUCGUUAUACUUAGCGUUUUUCGUAGGAAGACUACUAAGUGCAUGACUUAGUAUUGCUUCGGCUGGAGUUGCCUUAGUAGAGUGAUCGUGUGUGCUUGAGCAAUAAACAUAGACAAGUGCCAGCGCGUGUUUUUUUGCUACUGACGCGAGCAGCUGAAGAAACGGACACGGACAAACACAGUUUUGUGUAAUCAAGCGAUAAAAUGUGUGGUAUUUUUGCGUACUUGAAUUAUCUCACGCCGAAAUCGAGGCGCGAAGUGUUGGACCUGCUGUUGACGGGACUGAAGCGACUGGAAUACCGUGGCUAUGACUCGGCUGGUGUCGCCGUGGACAGUCCGGAUCAGACGGGGAUCGUCACUUUCAAGCGCACCGGAAAAGUGAAGGUCUUGGAGGAGUCCAUCAUCGAUGCAACCAAGGACGGCAGUUAUAACGACAUUAUCGAAUCACAAGUGGGUAUUGCGCAUACCCGUUGGGCAACGCACGGUGCUCCCAGUGAAGUUAACUCGCAUCCACAGCGUUCGGAUGAGACCAACUCGUUCGUGGUGGUCCAUAAUGGAAUCGUUACCAACUACAAGGAUAUCAAGAAGUUCCUGGAAUUGCGCGGAUACGUCUUCGAAUCGGAUACGGAUACGGAAACCAUUGCCAAGCUGGUUAAUCAUCUUUAUGUGCAGCAUCCAAAUUACUCGUUCAGAGAACUGGUCGAACAGGUCGUCCAACAGAUUGAGGGUGCCUUUGCAUUGGCCUUCAAAUCGAAGCACUUCCCGGGAGAAUGUGUCGUCACUCGUCGAGGAUCUCCACUGUUGGUUGGGAUCAAGGCGAAGACCUGCCUAGCCACAAACCAUGUUCCGAUUCUGUACGGCAAGGGACUUCGUCAUGGAUCUACGGGAAAUAUUCAGUUCGAACCGACUGCUGACAACACUUCGGACUUUAUCAAUCCUGGAGAGGAAGUCGAAUACUUCUUCGCAUCGGAUGCUUCGGCUGUCAUUGAGCAUACCAACCGAGUUAUCUAUCUGGAGGACGACGAUGUGGCUGCCGUUAAAAAUGGUGCCCUGUGUAUCCAUCGUUUGAAGAAGUGCCUGGAUGAUCCACAUGCCCGUGAGAUUACUACACUGAAGAUGGAGAUCCAACAGAUCAUGAAGGGCAACUAUCGCUACUUCAUGCAGAAGGAAAUCUUCGAACAGCCAGAGUCCGUUAUCAACACCAUGCGAGGACGAGUCAACUUUGAAAGCAACAAGGUUACCCUGGGAGGUAUCAAGGACUACAUUCCGGAGAUCAAACGCUGUCGUCGGUUGAUGCUGAUUGCUUGUGGAACGUCAUAUCACAGUGCAGUAGCUACCCGCCAGCUGUUAGAGGAACUGACCGAGCUUCCGGUGAUGGUGGAACUGGCUUCGGACUUCUUGGAUCGCAACACACCCAUCUAUCGUGACGACGUUUGCUUCUUCAUUUCGCAGUCCGGAGAAACAGCUGAUACCCUGAUGGCUCUGCGUUACUGUAAACAGCGUGGAGCUUUGAUCGUCGGAAUCACCAAUACGGUAGGAAGUUCGAUCUGUCGUGAAUCGCACUGCGGAGUGCACGUCAAUGCCGGACCGGAAAUUGGCGUCGCUUCGACAAAAGCCUACACAUCGCAGUUCAUUUCGCUGGCUAUGUUUGCUUUGGUGAUGAGCGAAGAUAGACUAUCACUACAGACACGACGAGAGGAGAUCAUGGAAGGACUUCGUCAACUGGAUACGCACAUCAAGCAGGUGUUGAAAUUGGACCAGAAGGUUCUGGAAAUCGCACAAGAUCUCUAUCAGCAGAAAUCGCUGCUCAUCAUGGGUCGUGGCUACAACUUUGCCACCUGUAUGGAGGGAGCCCUGAAGGUUAAGGAACUGACGUACAUGCACAGCGAAGGUAUCAUGGCUGGAGAACUGAAGCAUGGACCACUUGCCCUUGUCGACGAUACCAUGCCAAUUGUGAUGAUCAUCAUGCGUGAUCCUGUGUACGUUAAAUGUGUAAACGCCCUGCAGCAGGUGACGGCUCGCGAAGGACGGCCGAUCAUCAUCUGCGAAGAAGGAGACUCGGAAACCAUGGCCUUUGGAUCCAAGACCUUGGAGGUGCCGCGAACCGUUGACUGCCUCCAGGGUAUCCUCACCGUCAUUCCAAUGCAACUCCUUUCCUACCACAUUGCCGUGCUGAGAGGAUGCAACGUCGAUUGUCCCCGAAACUUGGCCAAAUCCGUCACGGUGGAGUAAGCUGUAUCCUACAUUCUCACACGCCUACCACGUACUUGCAGCAGUAUCAAUUUGCUUUUAUUUUUCAUAGAAAGGGAGGAAGGCACUAAGUUUGCCGAAAUCCUCACGUUUCUAUCCGCAAUGGAUUAGUUCUUGACUAUGGUUAAACAAACAAAAUGAUAAGUUUCGAACGAAAGGGGAGAGACAGUCAGUGAAGCGAAAACAUCCACGUCUGCAAGGUGCAGUUUCUAUCUCAUCAAACGCGAAACUAAAACGAACUUUGCAGAUGCAUUAAGUGCAAUACCACUACCAAGAUGAAUCACACAUGAAAAAAAAAUCCACUUAUCAACCAGGAAUUUCUAUCUCCUAUCUACCUAUCUGGUCUGCAUGCGCUGUCUUACUUCCUGAGGGCGGCGUAAUCAGCAAACCUAGACACAGACACGAACGGCUUAAACGGAUGAAAAAAGUGAAGAUUGUAAUCGGGGGAAAAAAAUAAUCGCAAAUGACAGAGACACACCCGAAAUCGAUCAAACGAUGAUUGUUACUUCCCCGCUGUCGAUCGUGAUUUGUACUUGUAAUUGAUAAUCGAAUUCGAGAAAAUGUUUAUUGUUAACUUUAAAGGGACAAACUAAGUGGUCCGAAAGAAAAAAAAAUCAGUCAAAUUUAUUUUUGUAACACUGUGAAAAAGCAAAGUUCUGUUUAUUAUUGUAUGUAUGUAAUUUGAACAAUAAAGUAUUAGUGCUUAUUCCUUUUUU